GGCGGCGGCAGGCGGGGCCGGGCUGCCCUCGGCCCGCCCCGCGCGGCCCAGGCGGAAGCAGCGGCGCCCGCCCGCCCUCCUCCCCGCCGCGCGUGGCCUCGCCGCCUGCUUCCGCCCGGCUUCGGCAGACGCUGCUGGCGCCGGCCGUCGCCUCGCCGCCGCGAUGCUGGGUGCUGGGGAGCCCGCGCGGGCGGAAGCAAACAUGAGGUCAGAAGAGCCAGUCCCAUUACAUGAAGAAUUUAUUUACUGUUGUGGAGCUGCUACCCAUGUCUUAAAGUGCGGGCCCUGGAAGGACCUCUCAAAAGAUGAAAGUAAAAAUCUACCCAGACUAUUAUUCAUGAUUAUUCCUGGUAACCCUGGAUUGGCAGGUUACUACAGGACCUUUAUACAGGCCUUAUAUUGUGGACUAAAUCAGCAGUAUCCAGUCUGGGUAGUGAGCCAUGCCGGACAUUGUAAGCCUCCUAGUGGUAUGGAAAUGAUAGAAGACACAGAUAUUAAGGAGCUAGAGGAUGUUUUUGGACUUAAUGGACAAGUAGAGCAUAAGCUGAACUUCCUCAAAAAGAAUGUGUCAAAAGAUAUAAAGCUGGUACUGAUUGCUCAUUCUAUUGGUUGCUACAUCACACUGGAGAUGAUGAAGCGAGCAUCAGGACUUCAGGUUCUUCGCUCGGUGCUGCUCUUCCCAACCAUCGAACGUAUCGCUCAGUCGCCCCAAGGAAAACUCAUGACGCCUUUGCUCUGCAGGCUUCGUUACAUUCUCUACAUGCCGGUCUACCUGCUGUCCUUCCUACCGGAGGGAGUCAAAGCUUCCCUGGUGCGCUUUGCCCUGCGAGGAAUGAAGUCUUGUGAUGAAUCCUCUGUAACAACCUCAGUAAAUCUCUUCAGCGUGGAUUGCAUUGCAAAUAUCUUGUAUAUGGCAAGCCAAGAAAUGAUGAAAGUUGUGGAGAGAGACAGUACAACCAUAAAGCAAAAUUUAAAGAAGCUGAUUUUUUACUAUGGAACUGGAGACAGCUGGUGUCCACAACACUACUACGAUGAGAUCAAAAUGGAUUUUCCAGAUGGGGACAUUCGACUUUGUGAGAAAGGGCUCCGCCACGCCUUUGUGCUAGAUGCCAGCAAGGAGAUGGCUUCCAUGAUUACAGACUGGUUACAGGAUGAUCUGACCAAAUUAUAAACAAUGAUUCAGUGAUUAACAAGAAAAUGAUGUAAUUAUUUUGUGAACGUGUAAUUUUUUGUGAGAGAGUCUGUCCUACUUUUCUCUGUUGAUUAUAGAUUAUGGCUUGUUUUCUACAAAGAUGUUUUAGAGAAAGUUAAAGAGAGACUGGCUGGUCCAAAGUAUAGUUUUAUCAACUUAAUGGUCAUGUACCUGCACGCUGUGUCUUCAGGACUCUGCAGGACGUGGCAAGGUAUGGAACAUUGAUCAUCUUCUAGCACUCUAGACAGCACUGAUACUAGAUUCACUGGCUACAAGUGCACCUAAGUUACCACCAUGUCACUUACCUGCGGAAGAGAUCAUUUUGGUGCAGCCCAACUGGUCUGCCUUAGAAAGAAACAUUAGGCUACUCUAUAUGACAUGGAUAAAAUCCUGCUGUGGCAAUCUGUCCUGGUCUGCUGUGAAAGGCCUGACCUUCUCUUGUCUCAUCUGUCCAGGUAGCCCUGUCACAUGAGUACUGGACAGCCAGAACAGCCCAAGACCCCAGGACAACCCUGAUGUUGUCAGCUACAGGUCAGAUGGGUUUUGGAGGCAAUCAGAGGUCAGGCUGAUGAGUUCAGGCUUUUUACAAAGGAAAUAUGAACAUGCAGUUUCUCCACGUCUCAGGAGUUCAGGGCACUGCCAGGACUUCAUAGCGUAGCAAACAUAGCGUAAGGUAAGUGUGGCUACUCAGCUCUGGAAUACAUUUGGAGCACAUGUCUGGAACAUGGUCAAGUGUUUCAUUUUCAGAUUCACUGUAGAGAAGGUAAAGAGCCCUGGUCAAAAGUGCCAAUAUUAAAAGGUUAAAAUUGAUAGCAGAAUCCGUAUUUAACUACCUAUAAGUGCCCUAGCUCUCUGAGCUCAGAUUCUCCUAAUGAAGCCCAGGGGAACACUGUUUGCUCAGCAGCUUUGAAAAAUUAAACCAGUUUUGAUAACUGCCUAAAUUUCAGUUUCUUGUUGUAAGGACUGAAGUAUGAAAUUUUCUGCCAAGCCACAAAUUAGAUAACUCUGUCCUAAGAAAAUGGCUGUUACUUCUUCCAUGGUUGCACCCAUGAAAUUGCAUGAAAUGAUAAUAUUUAGAACCUUGCUGUUGCACAUUGCUAAAAAGUAUGCCGCUCCUCACAGUUGUUCAUCUCUCUCCUUUUUAGAUAGCAAAAAAUCAGCAAAAAGAAACAACCUACCCAUUGUGAUAACACAAGAACUUAUAGCCUAAAGCUAGAAAUGAAAACAAUGUAAGUAAGGGGAACAGAGCCAAGUGUAAUCAGGAAAGGCUUUCUAGCCAUGAACCUGUGAAAUAGUCUCCCAGUGGAGACAUUUAUAAAUAAACAAAACACUACGUAAUAUAGUCAGGGGCAGUCCUGUCCUAGCAAGCGGAUGAAUUUAGCUGAUGCAUUAGGCACCUAACUUACAUAAUUUAUUAACAGUUGAGGUACUACUGAGAAUGAUAUUGGAGAAAGUUCUCUGUGAUGCAGAAAGACUGAAUAAGUAAUUGUUUCCUCACUUUUCUUACAUGAUUAUAUACACACCUUCCACUUCUCUCUAAAUCCCUCUUUAAUCUUUCCCUGAUAUUUAAAGCAACAUGUAAUAGAAUUCAGUUUCUGCAUAUUUUUGGACUAGUUUUCAAACCUGUAGACAGCCAGUGGGUUUAAGUGACCUUUUUUGCACCAUAAACUAGUUUACCUUUUGAGACUAGCCAGUGAAUUUUCAGAUUAUACUGCCAUAUAAAGGAACAGAUGAUGAUUCUUGAGGCAGACAUGUUGAGACCCCUGUUGCUGCAGCCUAGGGAGGAGCCAAAUAUAUUCAAAGCAAAGGGACUGUGCCUGUGUAACUAACUGAUUUUGUAUUGGAGAGCCAUGGAAACUUCCUUUUUUUCUGCAGGUCCACAUUCAGCAGUGAUCAAAACAAUUGUUGCACUCACUUUUGAAAUCCACAGUUGUGUGCCUGUGCGUCUGUGUGUGUUCAAACAGCCCCCAGAUGUGGAUACAUGGUUGUGGUGGGUAUUCUCUUAUGGCAGAUGCUAAACGCAUCUGUUGGCCUAGGUGCUCCUUGUGACAGAGUAAGGGGGUGGUGCAUACAUGUAUAUAUAUAUACAUGUAUACAUAUGUGUGUGUGUAUAUAUAUAUAUACACAUAUAUAUGUGUAUGUGUAUAUAUAUACACACACGUAUGGAUGUGUGUGUUAGCAAUGCAAAAAAAUACCAUUCAGUUGGUUGUUGUGGUUUACACAUUGAUACAGUUGAAUAAAACAUUUGUUCUUUGAAGUUUAUGGAAUCAGAUAAUUGAGAUGGAAUCAGUCUGCAGAAGUUCUGCUGUUAGAGCGGAUCUUCUGAGAACAGAAAAAAUCUUGCAUUAACCAAAGAUGACAGGCAACUGUACAAGCUGGAAACUGAAAUACUUAUGAAAAACAGUUGUUUACAGUUCAUUAUUCGUAUACUUUGUAUAAGAAAUUAAUUUAGCAAUACUUGUACUUGACUUGUGUAUUCCUUUUAUACAAAUGUUAAUCCAUUAUAAUAAAUCUUACCGACUGCAUUAAGACCUAAACUGAGCUUAGAUCUUGUCAGCAAUGACUAGAUCUACUGCAGGAUAAUGCCUUACAAUUUUCUUAAACAAAUUUUCUCUAAAGUUAUCAAAAACAUAGUGAUUCAAUUGCUUCCUUCCUUCUAGAAGCUAUUACCGUAAGGCUAAGAUCUGAAAAUUUGCUGCUUUACUCAUUGCAAAAAAAAAAAAAAAAAAAAAAAAAAAAAAAAAAAAAAAAGUCAUGUGUUCACAGCUAUAUUUCCUAAGAGAAGCAGACCUCACAUGGUGAAAAUCUAGCUCCUCUGAAGCCAGUGGUGUUAACCAUGACCCAAGACAAAGAAAGAGUGUCAAAAGUGCUUAUGGUCCAAACGUACCAAUUUACCAUAAAACACAGUGUAAUCUUGCUAUUUUAGAGUUCUUGGGAAACCUAUUGCAAAUGACUUGACUGUAUGCAGUAGCACCUGAUCUCUGUCAUUCACAUUUGUGCUUAAUUCUCACCAUGCAAGUAAGUAUUCCUGCUAGCUUCAAUGAGACUUUGGCUAAUGCUCAAGUGUUUUGCUAGAUCAAUACCUUUUAUGAAAAAGUGCACAAAUACAAUAACAAAAAUAAAAGCAUUUAAUGUAAAA